AGGAAACGUGAUACACUGAUUUCCUUUCACGAGAACAGAAUAAUAUGAGAGAAUAUGUAGGAGCAUUUUUCUCCAAGUCAAAUUUUUAACUUUAGACCUGGUGCUGUACUGUGGAGACAACAUAUCAUCACUUUGACAAGUUUGAAUACUAUGGAUACCAACGGUACUAGUUCUCAUGACCAAUGGCCACCUAAUUUCUGGAAUCAAAUCAUAAUAGCAUUUUCAGUUUCCAUGGUCAUUGGACUUAUAAUUGGGGCCAUAAUCUGGAGCUUGUUGACUUGCCUAUCUAGCCGCAGAGCAAGUGCGCACAUUUCUCAGUGGAGCACCUCAUCUUCUAACAGGCAUUUCAGAGCAUCCCAUGGAAGUGCUGCUACCAGGCCAGGAUUUUACCGUAACAGCAGCUGUGAACGCCGGAGCAACCUCAGUUUAGCCAGCCUUACCUUCCAAAGGCAAGCUUCCUUAGAACAAACCAAUUCCUACCCUAGGAAAUCAAGUUUCCGGGCCUCCACAUUUCACCCCUUCCUGCAGUGCUCUCCACUUCCUGUUGAAACAGAAAGCCAACUGAUUACUUUGGUGCCUACCAGUACUACCACAACACUCACUGGGAGCAGUACCAACACCCUCUCUCAUCCUGACUUCCAUUGGUCCAAUAACAGCCUUCGUGUUUGCCAUUCGACACAGACUCCACCUCCUGCCUAUGAUUCCAUCAUAAAGGCUUUCCCAGACUCUUGAUUUGGGUUCUUGAACAUGGAAAGAAUCUUAGUUUUAUGAAUUUCUAUGGGAAAAUACAACUAAAGAUGGCCUUCACAAAAAGGAUUUCUCUGCUUUGAAAACCUUCCUUGUAUUGUAUAUAAUGAACUGGAGUACUACACUGUAUUUAUAUUUUGCUUUGCCAUUGUUCCCUUUAGUUUAGUUUUUAGGGUUGGGUGGGAUGUCCUUGUGGUCUCUUCCAACCCUUUCACAAAAAAAGAAAUGGACAUCUUACUGAAGACAUUAACCUAAGAAUAGAUGUCCUGGUAGAUAGCUGUGGUCACAGUGUGGUUUAGGUUGUUCUUGUCCUUUUUGAGUAGGAUUUCACUUUACACAGUGUUGCACUCAGGAAUUUUGAUUUCUAAAAUAUUUUCUCUAUUGCGUUUUCAAAAAAUCUAACUUGGUAAUGUCAUGGCAAACUGCAUCUAUAGGAAUUUUUAAACAGCUCUCACAGUUUAAAAUUUUUCAAUAUUUGUUUUAUUGGUACUGUCCCAUUAUCUGGACAGAGUCCACUAGGGGCUGCUAGAGUGAGAAGGAUACAUAAAGGACUAUCCCCUCUCUACUGCCCCCUAGCGGCCUCUGCCCAGAUAAUGGAACAGUACCAUAUUAUCUUUUACAGCAGACAUAUCUUGAUUUCUGUUUUUAGACACGCAAAGGAAAAUGUGAACCAUAAACCACAUGGCAUCAUUGGGGAAGUUCUGUGGAUGAUGUGACCCUGCAAGAGCCCCUAAAAAGCCAAUGCUGCAGUUACUUACCCAUGUUUUAAGGGUACACCCCCUUUAAACUACAGCUUUAUUAAGGUUGCAGUCAUUGACAUACUUACUUGGGUUUGUGUGUACCUCCAAGUUAUCUGUUCACUAAUUAAUUUCAUAGGAUAUUCUUAGGCCAGGAAUAUUCAGAAGUCAUUUAUGAUUGCCUUUCUCUGAAAGAUGGCCUAUUCUUUGUAGUACUUUCAAAUACUAACCAGGGCUUAUUCUGCUUAGUGCUUGUAUGCAUUACUUAAUUACAGAACAGAAGAUAGGUAGACUCAUCCUUAACCCGCAAUUUGUUUUGUGUA